ACCCCGAAGGCAUCCGAAGUCUUCAAUUCAAAUCUCCAUCACCUCCAACGGUCCAACUCCCAACUGCUCUGCUCCGUCUCCCGUCCAUCUCUCCCACCUCCUUCCCUCCCGAUUCCUUCAGUUCUCUCGCGAUCUUCGACUCCCAUGGACGCACCGUCCGCGGAUUUACCCUCCAAGGUCCGGGUGGUUGUGCGGGUCCGCCCUUUCCUCCCCCGCGAGGCCGCCGCGACGGAGGGCGAGCCCAUCCCCUGCGCCUCCGUCCUCGAUCGAGCGGGCGGGUCGUUGCCCGACGGCGAAGUCACCGUCCAUCUCAGGGACCAAGCCACGAGUCGGAACGAGCGCUAUAAGCUGGACUCGUUCUUCGGCCAGGAAGACGACAACGUGAGGGAGAUAUUCGACAGAGAAGUGAAGCCCCUGAUUGCUGGCGUUUUCCGUGGGUGCAAUGCUACGGUGUUCGCCUACGGCGCCACCGGCAGCGGUAAAACCUACACGAUGCAGGGUACCAAUGAACUGCCGGGCCUGAUGCUGUUGGCCAUGUCCACGAUUUUGUCCAUGUGUGAGACCGCAGGAAGCACUGCGGAGAUUUCGUACUAUGAGGUCUACAUGGAGAGAUGCUAUGACCUUCUGCAAGAGAAGCCGAAGGAAAUUGUGAUUCUGGACGACAAGGAUGGGCAAAUCCACCUGAAAGGACUCUCGCGGGUCCAUGUCCAAUCAAUGUCUGAGUUUAACGAGGUGUUUGCUAGUGGAAUCCAGAAGCGCAAAGUGGCACACACUGGUUUAAAUGAUAUCUCUAGCAGGAGCCAUGGCGCACUCGUUAUCACUGUCACCACGCCUUGUGGUGAUGAUUCUGAUACUGUAGUCACUGGAAAGUUGAACCUAAUAGAUCUAGCUGGGAACGAAGAUAACAGGAGGACCUGCAACGAGGGAAUCCGUAUGCAGGAGAGCAGCAAGAUAAACCAAUCGCUGUUUGCAUUGUCCAACGUGAUUUAUGCUCUGAACAACAACAAACCUCGCGUGCCCUAUCGAGAGAGCAAGCUGACUAGAAUACUGCAGGACUCUCUUGGCGGAACAAGUCGUGCCAUCAUGGUUGCUUGUUUGAAUCCUGGAGAGUACCAAGAAUCUGUUCAUACUGUGAGCUUGGCAGCUCGGUCACGCCACAUCACUAACUUUAUUCCUUCGGCUCAAAAGCAAGAGACUCCUAAGUUGAAAGUUGACAUGGAGGCAAAACUGCGUGCUUGGCUUGAAUCAAGAGGCAAAACAAAGAGUGCAAGCAGAGUUGGAGCAUUGAAGACGCCAGUUUCUGUCAACAGAACUGCUGAGCAUCAAACUUCUGUUAAAACGAAGGUCAGCUCUAGACAGGAUACUUCUGUCUCCCGAAGGAUCUUGCUGGUCUCCUGCAGAAAUUUAUUCGAUAAUGGAGGUUUGGAGGAAAUGGAUGCAGAGAACCUGCAGUAUAUUCCUGAGCACACGGACAUCAAGGUGAAAGAUGCACUUGAUGCAGUUACUUUGGAAUCAAGAAUAGAUCUCCGAGGUGAGCCAAUGGAAAAGGACAACCGAGCUAGUGCCAAAACAGCCAUCGAUCUCACUGAGUCACAUCGAGUUACCGAUAUGAAAAGUGAAAGGCAGAGCCCACAAAGAAAAGUGCUGUCUCCAGUAGGGAGUAACAAAACGUCUAUCGACUUCAUUGAGUCAUAUCGAGUUACUGAUAUGAAAAGUGAAAGGCAGAGCCCAUUAAGAAAAGCACUCUCCCCAGUAGAUGUAAACAUUGGACAAAGGGCUCCAGUAACAUGCUCCGAGCCAUUCGAGCCACAGACCCCAGUAACAUCUUCCAAGAGCUGCACAAGCAAGCUCCAGAAUGUUGUCACUCCACUUGAUAAAUUUAACGAGUGCAGCUCUUACUUGAAGACCCGACUUAUUAAAGAAUUCAUCGAUGUCUUGAAUGUCGCCAGCAGAGAGGAGCUUCUCGAGCUUAAGGGCAUUGGGCCGAAGAGAGCAGAUUACAUCCUUGAACUCAGAGACUCCGGCCCUUUGAAAUCGUUGGAUGACUUGGAGAAGAUCGGCCUCUCCUCUAAGCAGGUUCAUAACAUGUUUGGUAGAGUCGCGAGAGACGUGUUUGAGUGAUCUAGAAGAUUGGUAACAACCUGUUGUGGAACAUUGCUUCUUGAAUGUCUCUCAAUCUUAUCCCUGUUUUGGGAGAUUGUAAACAAGCCGCGUCUAAGUUGACAAGUGUCUUGAAAUCCGAGAUCAAAAAGGGAUGUAAUGUCACAAUCUCCGUCAAUCCUAUUCUUGAUUCUCAUUAUUUGUUGUGUCCGUCCAUUUUACCCAGAUCACGUGUGUUGACAA